AUGGAUUUACCUACUUUUGAAAAAUCGCCAAUUGGCUCGAAUCCGCUAGGAGAGGGAAAUUUUGUCAAAAAUGCAGCUUGUAUUAUCAUUGGUGAUGAAGUAUUGAACGGAAAGACUCGUGAUUCAAAUUCAAAUUAUUUCGCUAAAUGGUGCUUCAAUUUGGGUAUUGAUCUAGGAAGGAUUGAAGUUAUUCCGGAUGAUGUUGGCGAUAUCGUUGAAGCUGCAAAGAGGCUGACCUCAAAGUACGAUUUGGUCAUCACAAGUGGUGGUAUUGGACCGACUCCAGAUGAUAUCACGUAUGAAUCAAUCGCAAAAGCAUUCGACGCCGAACCACUGAAAUAUCACGAUGAAACACUUCGAAGGAUGGAAGAAAACCUAAAAGCACGCAGACGUGAUGCAGGACAAGGAGAAGUGACAGAAGAUAUGAUCACUGCACGUAAGCGAAUGGCUUUGUUUCCCGGUCGUGAUGCAGAGAUCAUCUUCCCUACAACACAAUUAUGGGUGCCGGUUGUAAGAAUGCAUGGAAGACUUUGUAUUUUACCCGGAAUUCCUCGUCUCUUUGAAGCUCUUUUGGAUGGGCUAGAGCCAUAUGUGCCCAUUGAUCCAAACAGACCAAGACCUUACAGACUAUUGAUCCAUACCAAGAAGCCAGAGAGUAACAUUUCUCCCUUUUUGGUCGAAUUAACGGAUAAAUGCAAACCAGAAGAUAUUAAAGUUGGUUCCUAUCCUAACUUUGGAGAAGGCGUUGAUGUUUCAUUGAUCGGAACAAAUCUCGAUAGACUGAAGGAAUUGGCAGAAGAAGUGGAAAAGCGAGUGGAUGGAAAAUUGGUCGCUCAAGGAAAGAUCGGCGAAGCAUCUUCCCGUAAAGAUUAA